AUAGUGAAAAAGGGAUUAACGCAAACAAAAGCAGUAUUCUCUUGGACUCCAUGAAUACUCGCCUUCAUGAAAUUGAGGGUAAUGAUUCGAAAUCAUACUUAAUUUCUGUACGAUUUUAAGCGUCCAAUAAAAAGAUUAUGUAAAAACAGAUAAUCCAAAUCGAUGGCUACAAAAGACCAUCUCUGAUCUUCCCCACAACACAACGUCGUGGUAACGGGUCUCAGGCCUCAGCACAGCACUCUGAGCAAGGCAGUUCAUCGUCAUCUUCCAAGAGAGGAGGAUUAACUUGUUCUUCUUUCGCUGGCAUCAAAAGAAACGGAGAUCUUGAAGCCUUGAACUAUGGCAGCUGUUGACGUCCCUCUAAGCCCUGUGAUGGGUUCCCCGGCCUUUAGUCCAGUUAUGCUAGACUAUGACCCCAAGAGUCUUUUGUCCAGGAAGCGUCGCAUGAACUUCUACGACCUGGCCAACCUUUUGGACAGCGAUGGAAAUCUGCAAAAUGAAAUGCUCGUGUUUGCUUUUGCAGCUACCAUGCUUUCAACCAUUCCAGUCCUUCUUGGGAACGAAUUUGACGUUAAUGUAGGUCUUCGGAAGAGGAGAGACGUUCCAGAGGAACCUGAUAUUUACCCCUACGUGGCCUAUUCUGCACCUGCUGAUAAUGCCCAGCCUGAUUUUUACACCAGUUACACCUAUGAGAAGAUCAUGACGUCGCCCAUAACAAAGAAUGAUGGGGUGGUCCAUUCACACACAGAUGAGUCUGGUACUGUUAAGAAAGAUUUGCAAAAAACACAAUUCCAGGAUACUGCAGUGGCUGGGGACGAUAUGGGUCAUCUUCUGCGAGAACUAUUGGAGUGGUCUCAUGAGAAGGUGAAGAACAAGCCUCUCUUACCCGUACUUGUCAACCUGGCUUUGGAUAGAUAUCAUGGCUACAGCAAUCCAGCUGACAAACUGGUCAAAACAGCCUACAAGAAAUGGAAGAAUUUCACUUGGUAAUUUAGAAUCAUGCGAACUGUGAUCUCAGCUAAAAGAAUGAACAAAUUUGAUAAGUUUUCAAUUGCUCUGGAUGCCUGCUUGGCACAACUGAACAAAACUGGGUAAUUUUCAAGGGAAUUCUAUGACACUAACAAAGAGUAGACAAGCCUGUUUACCCAUCAAUGGGAGCAUGUCUAUUUCUUCAAUGCUGCUUAAGAAUUCUCUGCAUAGUAUAGUACUCGAUACCUUUUUGAUAAUCUGGGCAUUCUUCCCUGUCAAUCAUGUGUAUAUUUUGUUAUUUGUGGCUUCCUGUAUUGAGUGUCUCCAGUUUGUAAUUAUUCAUUCUACCAGUUGUCAGUUUUAUGACUUACUGUAUUAUCACAUGUCAAUGUUAUUGUUUACUCAGCUGCCAAGUAUCAGUUGUUUCUCACACUACGGGCGGCCGAGAAUAAACUUACUGUUUUAUUAUGGUGGUGAAUAUCAGAUAAAUAGUCGACAUCCCGUCAAUAUUAGCGGCAAUCUAAUGGCGCAAUGAGAUGGAAAAUGUUUUUUAAGGUUUAUUUUUCAGUUAGCCAUCACUGUAAUAUUUUACCUGUUCUCUUAACUAUAACGCAUUAAAUCUUCAAACCAGGGACAACUAGUACAUCUAAGAUGAUUGUCUUGUAGGUAGUUUAUGUGUAGUGUCCCUAAUAAAAUAUAACUACGGCUUCAUUUCUGCGUUUUGAACACAACUGCAGUUAGCAGGUCGUAGAUGAUAAUACCCAUGACAAAUAUUCAUCCUGUCCAUUCCACGUUAUUCAUUCCAGUUACUUUAUGGCCUUUGCUCAUAUGGAAUCUCUCAGGAAAAUGUUGAAACUUCAUAAACAGAUAUCCUUUA